AGCGAGCUGUCUUCAAAGUCAGUUUGGCGUCGCUGCCAUCUGGUCAAACCAACUGAUCCCGAGCGACUCUCUCUGACAGCUUUGUCAACGUCCACCGACAGCAGAAACGCGUUCACGGCGGUUACAAAAUGCGACGAAUCUGCGGAGACUCGUCGUGGACUACAUUUCCCUGAAGCCCCUGUCAUUGACAAACAUGGCUGCCUCCACGGGUGCUGCAGGCGCUGCUGCUGCCGACUCACAAGGUCCUGCUUCGGCCGGUCCGGGAAUGGACAGCCCAACUUUACAAUACAGUAUGAUUCUGGACCAUCUGAUCGGGGACAAGAGGGCCGUGAAGGACCUGAACCCCGCCGUGAUGGGGGGUCUGCCGGUGCCUCCUAAAAGCGACGAGCAGAAGAUGAUCGAGAGGGGAAUGGAGAGCUGCGCCUUCAAGUCGCUUCUGGCCUGUGUGGGAGGGUUUGUCCUCGGGGGAGCGUUUGGUGUUUUCACAGCUGGCAUCGAUACCAACGUUGGCUUCGACCCCAAAGAUCCUCUGAGAACUCCAACAGCACGAGAAGUCCUCAAAGACAUGGGCCAGAGGGGGAUGUCGUACGCCAAGAACUUCGCCAUCGUGGGCGCCAUGUUCUCCUGCACAGAGUGCAUCAUAGAAUCACACAGAGGCAAAUCUGACUGGAAGAACGCAGUGUACAGCGGCUGUGUAACCGGAGGAGCCAUUGGAUUUCGUGCUGGUCUGAAGGCGGGGGUGCUGGGAUGUGGAGGCUUUGCUGCGUUCUCUGCCGCCAUUGAAUAUUAUUUGCGAUGAACCACUAAAGAGUGGCUCCAUGGACCAGAACUUAAUCAAUGAACAUCUGGACGAGCCCUGUGGGAAAUCCGACCCUGUGAACAUUUACCUGCACAUGGAGGAUUGUCGCAAAAGCAGAACUGAUGUAUUUGGUGGUAGUGACAGGUUCCUCAUUGUGCACGGUGGUGUUCGGUGAGGCUGGAAAAGACCUGUAUGUGUUUCCAGUCUCUCAUGACUUUCAUCAUGUGGACAUUUUGAGCAAAGCAAAACCAACUUCAUGUGGAGGAUUUCCAGAAAGUGAGCAGAGUGGGUCUGCUUCUGUGUUGAAGGUGUAAUGUUGAACACGUCACCUUCACUCGGAGUCACGACCACCUCAAGUCAGACAAACUCUGUUCUUGUGGUAGAACUUUGGUAUGAUGUGUCAGAAACUAAUCCACAUCAGGAUUAUUUAUAUUAAAGAUGUUUUUUUUUUUGUUUA